GGGCUCGGGCCGGGAGUGGGGAGCGGCGCGGCCUGGGAGAGUCUGAGCCUCCGGGAGCCGGGCGAAGGCGAAGGCGAAGGCAGCGCGGGGUCCCGCAGCAGAGCCUCAGCCGCAGCCCGAGCGAGCCAGCGAAGCGCAGCAGUGCGGCGGCCGCCGCGGGAGCCCCUGGGCCGCCGUCCGCUCGCGCAGCCGCCGCCGCCGCCGCGGGAUCCUGUCGCCGGGAGCAGGAGCGGGCGGAAGACAACGGAGGGGCCGAACGCCCGAGCCGCGCCGCGGGGACGAGCGAGCAGCCCGAGGCGGCGGCGGCCGAGGACGGGGACGGCGACGACGCGGAGGCGGAGAGGGAGGCGCCCGGCCCAGCCCCGUAAAGCAGGCAGAGCGCAGUGAGGCGCCUGUCGCUGCCGCCAUGCCGUUCCCAUUUGGAAAAUCUCACAAAUCUCCUGCAGACAUCGUGAAGAACCUGAAGGAGAGCAUGGCCGUGCUGGAAAAGCAAGACAUUUCUGACAAAAAAGCAGAAAAGGCUACAGAGGAAGUUUCCAAAAAUCUGGUUGCCAUGAAGGAAAUUCUGUAUGGCACAAAUGAAAAAGAGCCACAGACAGAAGCAGUGGCACAACUCGCUCAAGAACUAUAUAAUAGUGGGCUCCUUAGCACCCUAGUAGCUGAUUUACAGCUCAUUGACUUUGAGGGCAAGAAAGAUGUGGCUCAAAUUUUCAACAAUAUUCUCAGAAGACAAAUUGGUACAAGAACUCCUACUGUUGAGUACAUCUGCACCCAACAGAAUAUUUUGUUCAUGUUAUUGAAAGGGUAUGAGUCUCCAGAAAUAGCUCUAAAUUGUGGAAUAAUGUUAAGAGAAUGCAUCAGACAUGAACCACUUGCAAAAAUCAUUUUGUGGUCAGAACAGUUUUAUGAUUUCUUCAGAUAUGUGGAAAUGUCGACAUUUGACAUAGCUUCAGAUGCAUUUGCCACAUUCAAGGAUUUACUUACAAGACAUAAAUUGCUCAGUGCAGAAUUUUUGGAACAACAUUAUGAUAGAUUCUUCAGUGAAUACGAGAAGUUACUUCAUUCAGAAACUUAUGUGACAAAAAGACAGUCACUCAAGCUUCUCGGUGAACUACUAUUAGACAGACACAACUUCACAAUUAUGACAAAAUACAUCAGUAAACCCGAGAACCUCAAAUUAAUGAUGAACCUUCUACGAGACAAAAGCCGUAACAUCCAGUUUGAGGCCUUCCACGUUUUUAAGGUGUUCGUAGCCAAUCCUAACAAGACGCAGCCCAUCCUAGACAUCCUCCUCAAGAACCAGACCAAACUUAUAGAGUUCCUCAGCAAGUUCCAGAAUGACAGGACCGAGGAUGAACAGUUUAACGAUGAGAAGACCUAUUUAGUUAAACAGAUCAGGGAUUUGAAGAGACCAGCUCAGCAAGAAGCCUAAUUUCCAGUAAACACCUAAAAUAUUAAAUCCAAAUUCAGCAUUUGCUGUUAGCUAUUCAGCAUCAGGCACUGUUAUCGAUUCAUGAGGAACAUUACUGCUAAUCUGCUGUUAAGUGAACGGUUUUCAUUUUACCUUUUUUGUUUUUUUUAGUCCGAGUUGGAGAACAUAGCUGCUGCUUUCUUGCACACUAGAGCACACGUGGACUUUUUCUUGAUCUUUGUGUCAUUUCAGAAUUCAAAGACUGUUUGCUAUAGAAGUUCUGAACAUGGCUAGGUUCGUGAAGGCAAAUGCAUAGGUGACAGUGUGUGUUAGGGGAAGAGGGCAUUGAUAUUAUCAGAGUAAACCUGCCUGUUUGCAUUUAUCUUUGUUAAAGAUC